AUGUGGUCCACACAAGAAUUCGAAGCAGACAAGAUUUAUUAUGAACUUUGUUAUCGAAAAGCCUAUAGUUAUAAUAACAUUGGAGUAAUAUUACCGAAUGUUGGAGUAUUUAUUCCAAGAUUAGGUGGAGGAAUAUCAGGAGGUAGUGGUGGUGAUGGAAAUAAACCUGCUUGGUCAUUUACGUCGAAAAAUGAUUUCUAUCCAUUAGAAGGAUUAGAACAUCAUCAUAAAAUAGGAGAAAUAAUAACUGAUUUAAUAUGGAAUCAGAUGGGAUCCGCGUUAGCAUUAAUUGAUCAACGAGGAAAAAUAUCUAUUUGGAUCAUGAAUAAUUUUGUUAAUAGAUGGAAAUGUAUUUGUGAUGUUAAUUUAAGAGAGAGUGUGAUUAUAUUUUUAUGGUUAGAUUGUGUUAGAAUGUAUUCAAGAACAACGGAAACUAGAUAUAAGCGAGGUAAUUUUAAAGGACCUAGAAAUCAAUUUGGAGAAUUAUCAUUUAUAACGGUUACUACAGAUGGAAAGGUCAGUGUUUGGUAUCAAAAAGGCAAGAAACAAUUUUCGAAAUUUAGUACGGAAUUACGAUAUAACAAUAGUCGUAUAUCACAUGCAGAUAUAAUAAUAAAUAAUGACGGAAAUUAUAUUUUAACAACUUAUAGUCCAGAACAUUAUCCUAAAGUUAUAAUAUUUCAUGAAAUUAAAGUUGAUAUGUUAAAAUUACAAGUUAAUUGUCGACCAAUUGCUAUUACAGAAUUUGUUACAUCACCUAAUGGUACUUUAUUACUUUGUAAAAGAUAUUCAGGAAAUCUUGAUUGUCUUGACAUGGCCGAUUUAAAUUGGGCAUCAUUUCAAUCAAAUAUUGAUGUUAUGGAUUGUGUAUGGGUAAUGAGUGCAUGUGCCAAUAAGUUAACAUUAUGUAUUCUUAAUAAUAUGGAUCACACGGAUUUAGAAAAUAUUAUAAAAAAACUUUCUAGUACUUUAAAGAAAGAUUUUCUGGAACAAAUUCUCGAAGAAACAUUUACCAAUAUAUCAGGAGUAUUUCCCAAUGGAUUUGAAACAUCCACUUCAUCAGAUUUCUUAAUUAGAUUAUUCGGAUUACAACUUUCUUUGUUAAAAUCAUGUGAACGUGAUUAUAUUACUUAUUUUAAUAUUUUAAGUGUGUUACAUUUACGAUCGUUGGAAAUUAUAUUUAAGAAUUGCUAUACUUUUGAUAAAACUUUUGUUAUGGAUUCACUACAAUCACUAGUAUCACUUACCGAAUGGAUUCUAGAUUUCUUUGUAUACAUCAUUCGAAAUAUAUAUUUAUUAUAUGCUACUUAUAAACAAGGACGAGUAUUGGCCAGUGAAAAAUCUCAUAUCGUAUUAUUAUAUCACACAAUAAGUCGAUCGGCGUUAAAAAAUCUUUUAUCAUUCGUUGAAAAAUUUAAAGAUUACAUUUCACAAUUAGCCAUUAAUAAUCCUAAAGAUUCUGUCAUACAAGAGAUGAAUAAAACAUUAGAAUAUUCAUUUGAAAGGUGGCCAUUAAAAUUAGAUUUAAUGAAUUCUUUCAUGAAUGAAUCUAGUACUGUCAUUGAAAAGACUAUGCAAGUAUUACCUACUUCAUUACAAGGAACACUUAAAGAAAUUGAACAAAUUUAUAAAACUAAUUUUCAUAGUGUUAAUAAAGUUAAAUUAUAUAGUUAUGAUACUAGAUGGGUUGAAUCAGAAUCUGUGGAUAUUAUAUUAAAAUCAAGAAAUCUUAUGGAUAGAGUUUGUAUUAGAGAUGUAGUACAAGGAACAACUCAGUGGGCAAAGAGUUAUGCUAGAUCUUGUGUUUGUGGUGGUCUUUGGAUUGAUAUUAGUCAUUUUGGAAAUGAUAGUAUUUUUAGUACUGGUGGAAUUGGAGGAAUUGGUAGUAUUGGUGGUAUUGGUGGUCCAAGUACUUCUUUGUAA